UGUGAAGAGAUUCGACGAGUAGCGGGAUUCAGUUUUGUAAAAAAAAAAAAACCGUUGCUUGGGAAAGGAAGAUUACAAAGUUCUAGCGUUGAUAACGAAGAGAUCUGCUUGCGCAAAGAGUUGUUCAUGGCAUCAAGUGCAUCUUGCUAUAUGGAUUCUUUCAAGACUCUUUAAAUAAUAAGCAAAGUCGAGGAUCGCCUAGUGCCACAGCGAAAGCCACAAAGCCAAAGCAGACGACACCGCCAUAACGCGCCCAUUGUGUGACUCUCUGGUGGGAGCAAAACCCGGGGACAGGGGGUUUUGUAAGCGUGUUGUGAUUUUGUUUUCUUUGCGAUGCUGCACUGAAUUUUCCCGACCAGCGAGUGUGCGUGUGUGUGUGUGCCAAGAAGAGAGUGAGAAAAAUAAAACAGAAGAAUAGAUAACAACAAAGAGGUGUUUUGGGGGGGGAGAGGCUGUUGAUGGGGUUAGGUUUUUGGGAAAAUUGCAUAGAAAAGCCCCCGUACAAAUGCACCUACAACACGGUGAAAACAACAAAAGGGGCAAACCGGCAAGCCAGGCAGGUCAAAAGUGAAACACAGUGAAUGAUGAUGAUGAUGAUGAUGAUGCGCAGGUGAAGAAGAUGAUGAUCGGUGUUGAUGAUGAAGCAUAAGAAAGAGGCCGCCAGCUAGCGAAGGAGGAGCGCGUUACAAGUAGUGUGAAGACCGACCCGAGGUCGGGUCUGUGCGUGCGUGUGUAUGUGAUUGUGUGUGUGUGUGCGUGUGCCUUUUUUUCCUUCUUCUGUGGCAGGCGAUCUUCAGCGAGGGAAAUUCGGUGGAAAAGCGACACGUGCUUCAUUCUUUCUUUCUCUUUCUAUCUUUCGUAAAGGAAAACUGUGUGUGUGUGUCUGUGUGGUUCUCUCUCGCUCGCUUUCUCGCGUGUGUGCUGAUGGUGUCGAACGGAAAACGCAUCCGCGCGUUUGUUGUGCAGUAGUUGUGGCAGUAGUAAAUAGUAGGUUGGUUUGGCUCUGAAUGUGGCGCAGCGCUUCAAUGGUGCCUUUUUGUUUUGGUUUUCUUUCGCUGUGAGCUUGAGGGCCGAUGCCAACCACCAAACCAAAACACGCAUUUCAGUGUCGCUUCGUACAUUCGCAUGAGUGAGUGAGUGAGUGUGGUCGGUUGUGUUGUGGUGCGCGCGCUGUGGGAUGUCUAUUGGCGACAGCACAAUGGAAUUGGCGACGACCACGACGGCACGAUACGCCAAUGGAGGUGGUGGCGGUGGUGGUGGUGGUGGUGGUGGGCCACCCCCAUCAUCGUCGUCCUCCACCACCGUGGGGCCGUCCGGGGAGAGUUUGAGCCUUCCGAUCGGCACGACGGCGGCACCCAACACCAGCACCAGCGCCAGCAGCACUGGCAACGGCACUGGCAACAAUAGUGCGAACAAUCUGAAACGAAGCAGUAUGCGGCUUAUCGCGAACGCGGCGCCAUCCGCGCCGACCCCAGCCGCGGCACCUGCCGUGUCGGCCGCAGCACAGUCACCAGCAUCAACCAGCACGACGGCAUCUUCGGCGGCAACGGCAACGGCGGUCAUCGACACCGUCGCCUCCACCGUGUCCUAUCACCGGCGGCCGACGUAUCCGGAUGCUGCGACGCUACAGGAGGACGUACGGUACAAUGGCGCAGCUACGCCGGGAAACGGUGCUGGUGCCCUAGGCAAUGGGCCUGGUAGUGCUAAUGGCACCACGGCGAGCAACGGCGCUGCCAAUUUGCAUCCCGCCCUAAUGCAACUUCAGCAACAGCACGGCAAGCUGCUGAUGGGAAGCGGCAGCACCAGUAAUGGUGGCCCACCGUCUGCCGGCCCGGAACGGAUGCUGAUGAGCGGGGUGACCUCCGUUAACGGAAACGCCAGCAACGGCGGCAACAUCACCAACGGCAAUCAGACGCCGACACCGACGAUUGUCCCCGGUGGGGGCAACAACACCAACGGCACCAACAGCAUUCUAACGCAGGCCGGGUUGGAGGAGUACAGCCGGGCGUACUACGAGCAGACGACGAUGUACCACCAUCAGAAGCAAUCGUCCUACGCACAAUCGGAGGGUUAUCAUAGCUACGUGUCGAGCUCCGACUCAAGCUCUACGCCGUUUCUCGAUCGACUGCGGCAGGAUAGUGAGCUACUGCUGUCGUCCCGCUCGUCACACAACUGGUCCCAGCAGGACCUGCAGCAGCUAGCGUCCGCGACGAGCAGCAGCAUCGGCGACAAUCAUAGCUCGGCGGAGAGUAACAGCUCCUCGACGGAAACGCUCAAAUGGCUCGGCUCGAUGAGCGACGUGUCGGUGGCCAGUAGUCAUGCGACGAGCACGUCCGCUUUAUCCAGCGCUGGUUCAACCUCGCAGCUGAUCGCGCACAGUUCUCGCGUCCGCACGCCCCAGCGCCACAAUUCCGAGAGCAUCCUGUACAUGUCGAACGAUGACCAAUCGACGCUCGGCGGUGUGUCCCAGUCGACGGGCUCGCUUCACAACCACAACCAAACGCUCACGCAUCGACAGCAACAACAGCCGACACAUCCCCAGCAUAACCAUCACUUCCACCGGCAUCAGCCACAUCGGCACAGUCAUUUGCACGCGAACGGUGCCACCGGCAACAACCAUCAUACGGCGAACACCGGGAAUACUACCGGGUCGGCUACUUCUGCUGCUGCUGCUGCUACUGCACAAUCGCAACAUCAGCAGGCUGUGGCAUCGCAGCAACCAUCGCCGACGGGAUCGACGACGCAAUCGUCGAACGGGUCCGGCCCGAACACACGCUCUAGUCGUAGCAAUAAUCGAUUGUUUCCUAUCAGCACGUACACGGAACCACCUGGAAGUGGUAGUGGUGGUGGAGGAGGUGGUGGUGGCGGCGGUGGAGGCGUUGGAAGUAACAGCAGCAGUAACACUGGCGGCAAUCCUCAAACCAACGGUGGUGGUUCGAUGCUCGAUUUCAAACAACUCAACUCACACAACUGGCAAUCGGUGGCAGAGCGAAUUAAUGAGCUGGAAAAGCAUCAGCAACAGCAGCAUCACGGGAUAAACGUGCACAGUAACAGUACAUCGAAUUUGAAUGGGAGUAGUCAUAGCGUUGGUGGUGGUUCUGGUGGACAAGGAAACAAGUCUCAUCUUAGCCAACAUAACCUGUCCGGAAUAUCGAAUGGGUCCUCCAACCCACCGUCGAUAUCUCCUGGAAAGCAGCAACAGCAGCAACAGCAGCAACGCUACACCUACUUCGAUCCAAGUAAAACGCAUCGUGUGUCGAAUCCUUCACUGAAGGCGUUUCAGAAAAACGCCGUCAUUUCGUACUUCGAGCGUCAGCAGCAGCACGCCCGCGAAAGCAUCCACUCGCGCCCGAACUCUCUCAACCUGUCGACAACAUCCUCCUCCGGGAACAGUGGAAACGCUUCCAACGCUGGUGGAUCGCCAGGAGCUUCAUCGAAUGGGAAAUCUCAACCGGGUGGAAGUCCACCCGGUGUAUCAACUCCCGUCAUCAGCUCACACUCGCAGCGAUCGUCCAUAUCGAGUGCGUACUCUUCGGCAGCUGGUAGCAUGAUGGAGCUGUCCAGUGCGUCCCUCUCGAUGGGCAGCUACUCACCUCCGAGUAGCCUUGCCGUGCAGCAGCAGCUGGACAAGCUGGCCGUAAACAAUCUGCGCAAUCAACUUGCUUCGGUGCAUACGAUGAAUUUGCUGAACAAGGUUGUACCUUCACCCAGUGUACAACUGGAGCAUCAGCAGCACCAACAUCAGCAACAGCAGCAGCAUCAUAACCACCAGCAUCACCAUCAACAGCAGCAGCAGCAAAUGAUUAGUAACGCAACACUGAUUCUAGCGUCGGCACCAACAAAUGGGUUACCCAGUGCUCCGGGUGAUACGAUGAGUGAAAGUCAUGACAUGAUCUCGACACUGGAUGGUGCGCCACCACCUCCACCACCACCAAGGAACCGUGCCUCGAUGCUUCCGAUGGGUAGUGCGGUGCCUUACUCACCUUCUGCCCAUAUGGCUACGGUUAGACGGACAUCAUCCGCUUCAGAAUACUCUUCCAUUCGGGACAAGCUAAUCCAGCAACGUCAACAACUCUCCAAGGACCUACUAGGACCGAUGAUAAUGGGCCCCAUUAUCGCCCUCGACGAUUGGGUCCCGGAGCGUCCCCCGAAAAAUCCGAUGCUACGGAUACCGAGCCCCGAACUUCCGCCACCACCUCCAAUGCUCACACCGACCGAGGACGUGCUGCUGAUCAAUCAAGACGAACCAUUGCCUCCGCCACCACCGGAGCUGCUACGUCACAUGCGUCAGCUAAGCGAUUCUGGUGACUGUCGAUCGAACUCCGCCAGCCGGCGGAACAGUUUCGCCGGUCAGACAAACAAGAAGAGUCUUUACCGAGCAUCAACGUUUGAGAAUCUUUCUCCCGCUAAUGCACCCCCCGCUGGACAACAGCAGCAGAACGUAGCUGUAGUUCCACCGAUGGUUCCGAAGAAGCCACAGCAAUGCUCACCACCCGGUAACACGGUGGACGGAUCGACGAAUGUUCAUCGACGUCCAGCAUCGAGUAUGGCAAAAACGCAAACCGUUCCUUCGAUGGCGGCAGCGGUGCAAAACAAUAAUCCCGGUGCUGGAAUGCAUCACCACCAUCACCAUCGAUUAUCGCAUCAGAUGGUACCAAAUGGUCGUCCAGCUCAAGAGCAACAGCAACAUCAUCGUCUAUCGUUGCCACUGCAACAAUCAGGACAAUCAGGACAACUGAUCGGGAUGAAUGCGUCACAGCAGCAGCAUCCGCAUCAGCAACCCAACUUCGUUGCCGGUAGACAAUCCGAUACGCGCAUCUCCGUUCGCAAGCGUGCCCACAACUCGCAACAGAUACCUGUUUCGGAGUAUCUCAUGAAAAUGAAUGGUGUUGUCGGUGGUCAAAACGGUACUACACCACCGCCACCACUAAAACCGCGCAUGCCAGUGCAACCGCUGGCAGAGUGUAAUGGACAGCAGCCAACACUGCAGCAAAUGCAGCAACAGUUCCUGCAGCAUCAACACCAGCAGUACCAGCAGCAGCAGCAGCAGCUCAUUUCGAUGGGAAGCAAAAGGAGCAACUCGAAAGCUUCCUACCUGCCGAGACAGCCCCGGGACAAGCUGCACUCCGAUCCGGACCAUGGUAGCUACAAGCUAACGCUCACUUCCAACGAGGACUGCAUCAAUCACAACAGUAGUAACACUGGCACAGCGACCACCACAACAACGCCCAACAGCGGUGGUGCAAGUGGCGGCCAUGAUGGAUUCCCGGAGGAGAUCAUCACCACCGCCACAUCGCCCAAGUGUAAUCUACCGGAUGUGCUUCCGCCCGGUGUAAAGUAUUCGCUGUACUCCACCAACAACAACAACAACACGGUCAACAACAACAACAGCAUCAACAACCAGCAUAAUGGCGGUAUGCUGAAGUCCAAGCAUGGAGGUCCUCACUCGGCCCCGAUCAUCUCGACGGCAAACAGUCUCAAGUCACUGUUCAACUUCAGCACAUCCUCUUCGGACACCUCGAAGGAUCGCGAAGGGCCGGCAACACCGCCCACCCUAAUGUUCAACGGCAACGGUAGUGUGAGUCCUCCGCUAGCCCAGAUCCAGGCCACCUCCCCGAAGUACACCUCCCAAUCGUCGUUCGAUCUGAAGAAAACGCAAAUCCUGGACACUGGUGGCGAUUCGCACUGCAACGGUUACCAUCUACACAACGGCAACGGCAUUCUCGGUCUGCCGACAACUCCCACCACCACCAACGUUAGCGCCACGGCCACCCUGACCUCGAUCGCUUCCAUCAACCAUACCGUGGUGGUGGAGGAGGAGGAGCAGCUGGAGCUGGUGGAGCCGAAACCGACGGCAGAUGAAGAUGCAUCAACAACAACUUCCAACACGGCCACGCCCGACGAUAGUGUACCGCCGCCGCUUCCCUCCACACCCUCGCCGGCCCUCAGCAACGGUGGGCCAGCCAACUGUUUGCCGGUGUGGCCGACCCAAACUGUAAAUAAUUGCAGCGAAAAUUCCGAACAUCUAACCAAUUUCGACCACCAACACCAGCGCGAAGCGCCGAGCAGCGGUACCGUUGGUUCCGCGUGUGCCAGCUCCGAACGGCCCGUGACGGAGGCGGCCGUCGACAGUGAAGUUUCGCCCGCCAGCACGUCCACACGCAACGAUGCGUCGAACGACGCAACAGCAACGCAAGCAACGGAAACACCAGUCGUCCCAGUGGAAGUUGUCGUGGCCAAAGAGCAGGAAGGAGAAAGUUGCCCCAGCGGGUCCGAACUGAUCGUGAACGGUAGUGUUGGUGAUCAUAAUUCCACCACCAGCAGUGGCUCUCCCGUGCCCGGUCUAGAACGCGUCACGAAAGAGAUCAACCUGUCGCCGGUAGCGUCCACCGAGGACACACCGGUUGUGAGUGAAGUUCCGCUGCAACGAACGGAAAUUGUACUGCGCGUUCAGGCGCCAACAUCGGAGGCCGCUUCCCAGACCGAUAUUGACGAAACUGGUACGAUUCUUAGCCGAGGUAUCGCUGAGCUAACGAUCGAUUGUGGUAGAAAGAAGGAUUCGCAGGUUAGCUCCAGUCAGCAGUCCUCGAACGGCACGGUUACUUCGGUCGCGACGUCCACCACGUCCAGUCCACUCGGAUCGCCACCAGGAACUCCGCCGAGCGGUAAGGAACCGGGUCAGAAGUUCUUUGCUGCACCGUCGACUUCUCCGCCGCCGCCUCCACCAACGCCCCGUAAGCUACACCCGGAGGAGAUCGAUUGCGAUAAGCUGUCGCACGAUCUUGUCAGUCAACUGUCACCGUCGGAUAAGCUGCACACCAUACUGGCGCCGAAAACAUUCAAAUCCACGUCGGACUACGUGUCCGACCUGUUCAACAUCCAGAUCGCACCCCGACCGCUCAAGAAGGAUGCAUCGACCGAAACACCAACAGAAACGGGUGGCGGUACACCGAAAAGCCCGCUCGGUAUUCUGACGUCCAGCUCAACCUACUUUCAAAUCUCCGAACCGAAGGCGAAGCUGAUGACGCGCUACAGCCGCGAGAUGACCCUGAUCAAUGGUGAUUGCUGUGAUCUGACCAAGAAGAAGGAGGAACUUGUCCAACGGCUUGGCAAGAAGCUACUAGUCCUAACGAACGAGCAAACGAACAUCGCGGAGGAAAGCAACGCGAACGAUCUGCUCGGCAACGAUGUCGCGCUGAAGGUGGCCCAAAAGGUACGCCCCACCGAUGCGUCCAAGUUCCGCUCGUACGUGGACGACGUCGGGUACAUUACGAUGCUGCUGCUGUCACUGUCCGGCCGGCUUGCCCGCACCGAGAACGCUCUCCACAUGAUCGAUUCUAACCAUCCGGAUAAGAAGAUCCUGGAAGCGAAGCGGGAACGAUUGCUGGAGCAGCUGGACGAGGCCAAACAGCUGAAGGAUGACAUCGAUCAGCGUGGCGCCACGAUCGCCCGAAUCCUCGAACAGUCGCUCACGAUCGAGGAGUACGCGGACUACGAUUACUUCAUCAACAUGAAGGCAAAGUUGAUCGUGGAUUCGCGCGAAAUCGCGGACAAGAUUAAGCUCGGCGAGGAACAGCUGGCCGCCUUGAAGGAUACGCUCGUCCAGAGCGAGUGCUAGUGGGGCCUCCGAUCCAUCGGCGCCGUGUUCGUGUUAUUUUUUGGCUGUUUUUUCGUUUCUUCACGUGUGUGUGUUUGUGUGUGUGCAGUAGUGAGUAAGUGUUCGUGGCCGAACGAACGAGAGACGUGCAUUUUGUGUAAAUAGGGAGCCGACAAAAGGGCCCACCUAUCACCACUAAUGAUGUGCUGGUGGGACCUUUUUAGCCGGUUGGCUUUUUUUCUUCUGCCUGUAAAUUAGUCAAAGUCCUGGGUCGGACCACCGCUUACGGCUUUAGUGAAGCGGAUUAGGAUAGGAUAGGUUUGUUUUUAAGGUUAUAGCGUUCUUAUUCCUUUUUUGUGUGUCUCUCUCUCUCUCUCUCUCUCUCUCUCUCUCUCUCUCUCGUCCUUCUCUUCUGUUCUCUUGUUCUGCUAAUUUCCUCCUUCAGUACGGAUCAAGUUCUUGCAUUUCAACGGUGUUGAAAGUUGAAAUUCAAAGAGUGUUGCACCGCUUUCCCAUAACUCCUGAUUUACCAAUUUUCCCAUUUUCCUUUCCUCCAAAUGCACCCCCUCGCCUGCCCCUUUUUAGCGUAUUUUAUAUUCCGCCCAGUUUCGUGUGAUUAUUAGAAGUUCGUGUUGUACGUUUUUCUGUGUGUGUUUGUGAAGCGAGAGAUUUGUCUCCUUUUUUGCGUUCUUUUUCCUUACAAUUUUAAGUAAAGUUCCAUGUACUCGUUCCCUUCGUAAUAAUUGUUUGUGUGUGUGUGCGCGCAUCAAAUCUUCCACACUGCAAUAUAAUGGUGCUUACAGCAACGUUUCUCGUUCUUAAAACCUAUCUUAAGCUUAUAAGAAUGUAAGGAAAAGGAAACAAAAAUUAAAAAAAACGUUCGCUUUUUUGGGAAGAAAAAGCAUUAAAAAGAGAGAGAGAGAAGAAAAGAAAGGAAGGAAACAUCUAGCAGCUACUGUGUUACUACUUUAGCAAAAUUUAGGCAAAAGAGGAAUCGGAAAGAGAAGCAAACGAGCGAACCGAAAAUUGGAACGAAGGAAGGAAGAAAAUGUGAUUUUAUCGAAAAUAAUUAUUUGAUUCGUGUGCUACUAUUACUACGACAACCACACUACAACACUGCUGGCCGCGAUCUCCCUUUAGAGGAGAUCGCAUUAGGAAGGUUAGUGUGUAUAGGUAGUUGUUAUUAGCCCGUAGCUAGUUUUUAAUCGUAAAAUCGUAAAGCAAAUCCAUUUAGAAGCGGACGAAGACGUGCAGAACAGCAGAGCUUAGUAACUAGCUAGCACUAACACUACACAGCAACGAACGAUGAGUUGAGUUGUUACGAGUAUUUCUUAUUACGACUCUAAACGUCCUAGCCCUUAUCUUCCCGUCGAGCGGACGAUUUUUGGUUUGUUUUGUAUUUAGUGCGUUUGUUUCUUGCAGCUUUAUGGCUUCCUACUCUGCGACUGUCUUUCUCCUCAUUUCUUCUUACGAAAAUCUCCAUUACUAGCCUUAGUAGACAUGUAGUAGGAAAGAGAAAAGGAAGGUAUCCUUAAGGGAUGUAUCUGUCCUUUGGGGGGGUUUUUUUGCUACUUAGUUCGUCCCGGGACGUAACGCAAUAUGAUCGUAUAUCCCCGGUUUAAUUUUUUUUUUUCUUUCGUUUUCCCUUUAGUGAGGUAAUUGUGUCGCGAAUAAUUGAGCAUGUGUUUUACUUAUUACUCGAGCUUAUCAUAUCCUGCUGCUAUCCCGAACAAAACCCCUCCUUCGAUGCGAGGAAGGCAGCAGGGACCCCACACUACAAUCUUAUCGAAUCGAGGAAUGCGAAAAUAUCAUUUAAAAAUAUAAAACAAAAAUCGUACCAA